AUGUCGUGCGACCGACCAGGUCCGCAAUUCGGCAAUCGUGCCGUGUCGUGGCUCUGGCACGUACCCAUCAGCUGGAAUCCGGAGACCAACCUGGUCGAGCAAGGUCUCUGCUGGAUGCAACAGAAUGCCGAGGCCGGCAAUCUCUUCUACGGAGGCGACACCCAGAAGCUGGAUGACUACAUCACUUCCAACGAUACCUCUGUCAGUAUCGAUGCGCCGAAUAACUUGAAAACCUUGCUCCCUCAGCAAAUUUUUGCGAAAGGCUGGACCGAUCCGGAGACUGGGGUGACCAUCCCCUCGAUGAAACUCCAAUGGACUUGGUGCGGAAUCCUGAGCAUGACGGCAGAUCAGGCUCCGAUCGUGGCCCCCGUGCCUGCCAGAUUGAGUGGGAGAGAUGUAGACAAUGGCGAAUGGGCCGCUGUGGAGUUUAAUGGGUAUGGUAUGGGCCAGUGCUGGUCGGCUGGCGAGGCAGUUGCCCGUAUGGCAUUGGGGGAGGACAAGCCAGCCUAG